CGGUGAGGCCGCGCCUCUUCCGUCCCGCUGCCUUUGCCUGCGCAUGUGGGCUCCCUAAGGCAGCUCGGCGGUGUUAGUGUAAAGGCCUAAACUUGGCGGCCAGACUGGCGAGAUGGCGGCGGAGGAGUUGUCGAGUGCGAGGUGGCUGUACUGUGGGGAGCCCGACGAGAGCCGGAGAGCAGUACUGGUCCAGUUCUCCAAUGGGAAGCUGCAGAAUCCAGGGCAGAUGCGCUUUACCUUGUACAAGAGCAAUGACUCCACAAACCCCAGGAAGAGGGGUCAGCGGAUCCUGGCUGCUGAAACAGACAGACUUUCCUAUGUGGGAAACAAUUUUGGGACUGGAGCCCUCAAAUGCAACACUCUGUGCAGGCACUUUGUGGGAAUUCUGAACAAGACCUCCGGCCAGAUGGAAGUGUAUGAUGCUGAAUUAUUCAACAUGCAGCCACUGUUUGCAGACGAGUCCAUCGAGAUUGAAUCGACACAAGAGAAUCAGGCCAAAACUUUUAGAGAAAAGAUGGAUUCUUGUAUUGAAGCUUUUGGAACCACCAAACAGAAGCGGGCUUUGAACUCCAGAAGAAUGAACAGAGUUGGCAAUGAAUCUCUGAACUGUGCAGUAGCUAAAGCCGCAGAGAAUAUUAUUGAUGCAAAGGGUGUGACUGCUCUGGUCAAUGAUGCCAUGCAUGAUGACCGGCAGGACGACUCCCUGUACCUUCCUCCCUGCCACGCUGAUGCGGUCAAGCCUGAAGACGUGUAUAAAUUUGAAGACUUGCUCUCCCCUGCGGAGUAUGAAGCUCUUCAGAGCCCAUCUGAAGCUUUCAGGAAUGUCUCCUCAGAGGAAAUCCUGAAGAUGAUUGAAGAGAACAGCCACUGCUCCUUUGUCAUAGAAGCAUUGAAGUCUUUGCCGUCAGAUGAGAAGAGCCGAGACCACCAGGCCCGAUGCAUAUGGUUUCUGGACAGGCUUAUCAAAUUUCGAGCACAGAAAGUGAUAAAGCGGAAAAGCGCCCUGGGACCGGAGGUCCCCCACAUCAUCAGCACCAAACUGCUGAAGCACUUCACCUGCUUGACCUACAACAACGGCAGCCUACGGAACUUAAUUUCGGAUUCAAUGAAGGCGAAGAUCACCGCGUACGUAAUCAUACUGGCUUUGCACAUAAGCGACUUCCAGAUUGACCUGACGUUGUUACAGAGGGACCUGAAGCUCAGUGAGAGGAGGAUGAUUGAGAUUGCGAGAGCCAUGAGGCUGAAGAUCUCUAAAAGAAGUGUGUCUCUAGCAGCUGGCAGGGAUGAGGAUCACAAACUGGGCACCCUGUCCAUCCCGCUGCCUCCAGCCCAGACCGCGGACCGCCAGUCAAAGCGGAGGAGGAUCACCUAGAGGUGUGCUUCCCAGAUAGAGCAUAUGGCCACACGGAGCCACUGCUUGUGUCCAUUUCCAUUUUUAUUAAAGUGAGAAGGAAAAAGAAGCCUUGCUUUGGCGUGGGCAUGAAGCCUGAAGCAGCGUCUCGGAGCAUGCCUCUCUUCAGCGGAAAUAUAAAGUGAUGGCUGUGUUGGACUGAC